AUUAGGACUUAGUUUGUUACUUGGAAGAGGGGACAGUGAUAGAGAGAAUGGCUGCAUUUGUAAUCCUCUGAAUAUUCAAGUGAACCUGAUCCAUUGUCAAAAUACAGGCUUUUAUUUAUUUUAUGUUUAAAAUACAAUACUUGUAUUCGUGUUUAUUAUGUAAAAAUUAUAAUCUGUAGUUUUACUCCUUGUUGAUGACACCUAUUUGUUUGUAUAGUUCUUCUUUUUGCUUUCUUGACAGUCACACCAGCUUCAUGGAACCAGGAAAUCACACACAGGUUUCAGAAUUUAUUCUCCUUGGACUCUCAGAAGAGGAGGAACUGCAGACUUUCCUUCUUGGGCUAUUCCUGUCCAUGUACUUGGUCACCUUUAUUGGGAAUUUUCUCAUCAUUUUGGCCACCAUCACUAGCUCCCAUCUCCACACUCCCAUGUACUUCUUCAUUUCCAACCUGUCCUUUGUAGACAUCUGUUUCACCUCCACCACUGUUCCAAAGAUGCUACUGAACAUCCACACCCAUAACAAAGCCAUCACCUAUCAAGGCUGCCUUACUCAAAUGUAUUUUUUCAUCCUUUUUGCAGAGCUGGAUGUUUUUCUCCUUUCUAUAAUGGCUUAUGACCGGUUUGUGGCCAUCUGUCACCCACUGUACUACAUGGUCAUAAUGAAUUCCAGACACUGUGGCUUGCUGCUGCUGUUGUCCUGGAUAUUGAGUGCUCUGAACUCUCUGCUGCGUAGUUUACUGGUGUUGCGGCUGUCCUUUUGUACUAACUUGGAGAUUCCUCACUUCUUCUGUGAAGUCAAUCAGGUUAUCCAACUUUCCUGUUCCGACACCCUUCUCAAUAUCAUAGAAAUGUAUUUUGCAACUAUGGUGAUGGGCAUUAUUCCUUUCACUGGCAUUGUAUUUUCUUAUUCUCAGAUUAUCUCUUCCAUACUGAGAAUUGCAUCAGCAAAAGGAAAGUAUAAAGCAUUUUCCACUUGUGGAUCUCACCUUUUGGUUGUUUCCGUGUUUUGUAGUACAGCUCUUGGGGUCUACCUCAGUUCUGCCACUACCCAAAAUUCCAGGGCCAGUGCAAUAGCCUCAGUGAUGUUCACCAUAGUCACACCCAUGCUGAACCCCUUUAUCUAUAGCCUGAGGAAUAAGGACAUAAAAGGGGCCCUGAAAAAUUUUGUUGGCAUUGUCAGUUUAUGAGUGACAAAAAAAUGUUUGCUUUGAGGCUGAAGGAGAAUC